UGGCUAAAAGGCCUUCUUGCCCCACCACAGGAAUGCCCACAAUGGGCCUUCUUUGCCCACACCCUGAUCUCUGAAGCAGCACUUGCAUCCCCAGUAGUCAAACCUCGAGCUAGGAUCAGCUCCUUCCUACAAACAUGGUCCCCCUCAUUGAAGAAACUCUCACCACAUUUGAAUCGCAUAAUCAAGACAGCCAAGAUAUAUAACAUUAGAUGGGAGGCAAUAUCCAUCAACAAUGACAUUGCGAGGCGACUCCCAGUAUGGUUCCAUAUCGGAGCUUCGAACAACCUGAAUAAGCUGAACAAUCACUCGUAUGCAACUUGUCUGAGAGAAAAACAUGCUGUCACCUCAGUCGGGCAACUAGAAAACAUUACAGCUAGACAAUCUCCACUCCAUAGACAAAACAAGGCAUGCACCUGCAAACACUGCGACCAUGAUAGAACAUCCUUCAACUGCAAAAAACCUUUCAAAUGCGCGAAAUUGGCCAAUGAAAUACUCAAAUGCAUCCUUCCAAAAUGGCACCCAAAAACAUGUACCAACGGAUACUCUCUCAUCAUCUCACCAGAACAAAUUCCACCAGAAAAUAAUCCUGAAGAAAAGACUGAGUUUUUCGACCCCACCUUCCCUUCACCUGAAUCUCUCAAAGAUGGGUUCCGCGCCUUCGUAACAUCCAAGCAGCCUUGCACCUCAUCAGCUAUCCAAUCACCAAUAACACCAGGAGAUAUUCCUCACCUGACCACGAUCACUAUCACCAGCUCACACCGAAUCAACAGAGACAGAAACUAUGUCUCAGGUGGUGGAGCAUUCUUCGGACAGGAUGAUGCCCGCAACCUGUCUGUCAACCUGCCAGAAUGA